GUGGAGGGCCCGAGGCGGCGGCGUCGGCGGCGGCCCGCGUCCGAGGCUCGCGGGCGGCGGGCCCCGGUGAGUGCACAUCUGGCGCGCGGCGGGGCUCCCGGAUGUGUCACCUUAUCGCGCUGCAGCCGAGAUGCCCGGGGAGAGGGGCCCUCCACACCCCCUCCGUGGGUGUGUGGAUGGUACAGCAUGGACGAUUUUGCCCUGGGAGAUUUCACUGUAGCAGAUGAUGCCUUGUUAGAAGAUUGCCCUUAUGUGGAUGAUUGUGUCUUUGCUCCUGAAUUUAUGUCCAAUGAUUAUGUUCGUGUGACUCAACUUUACUGCGAUGGGGUGGGUAUGCAGUAUAAAGAUUUUACUCAAAGUGAGAGAAACUUAGAAUUUGACAUCUGCAAUAUGUGGUGUAGUAAACCAGUUUCUGUCCUGCAAGAUUACUGUGAUGCCAUUAAAAUAUACAUCUUCUGGCCACUUCUGUUUCAACGUCAGCACAGUUCUAUAAUAUCACGGUUGCACCCCUGUGUGGAGGCCACCAAUUCUCAUGCAUCUGAGAUAAGUUUGAAGAAAUUACAACAUCUGGAAUUGAUGGAAGAUAUUGUGGAUUUGGCAAAGAAAGUUGUGAAUGAUUCAUUUUUUAUCGGAGGCUUAUUGAGAAUUGGUUAUAAAAUAGAAAAUAAAAUCUUGGCAAUGGAAGAAGCUUUGAAUUGGGUGAAAUACACAGGCGAUGUAACAAUUCUACCUAAAUUAGGAGCAGUUGACAAUUGUUGGCCUAUGUUAAGUAUUUUCUUUACUGAAUACAAGUAUCACAUAACUAAAGUUGUAACAGAAAACUGCAAUUUGCUUGAAGAAUUUAAAACUCAAAAUUGUGUGGAAUGUAUAGAGCAAGGAGAGCUAAUGAAAAUGAAAGGAAAUGAAGAGUUUUCAAAAGAAAGAUUUGAUAUAGCUAUUAUCUAUUACACCAGAGCCAUUGAAUAUAGACCUGAAAAUCAUCUUCUUUACGGUAACCGAGCUCUUUGUUUUCUUCGCACUGGACAGUUUAGAAAUGCACUUGGUGAUGGAAAGAGAGCCAUUAUCCUGAAGAGCAAUUGGACAAAGGGUCAUUAUCGUUAUUGUGCUGCUCUUUCUAUGCUGGGGGAAUAUGACUGGGCCCUACAAGCAAACAUAAAAGCUCAAAAACUCUGUAAAAAUGACCCUGAGGGAAUCAAGGAUCUAAUUCAGCAGCAUGUAAAGUUACAAAAACAAAUAGAAGACCUGCAAGGUCGAACACCAACUAGAAAUCCAAUUAAAGCCUUCUAUGAAAGCAGGGCCUAUAUACCCAGUUUAUCAGCACCUGCGUUUAGUACUUCACUUAAUUUUGUGGAAACCGAAAAAGAUUCCAGAAGAACUAACCACGAAAUGGCAAACGGUGGUAAUCAGAAUCUAAAGGUGGUAGAUGAAGCUUUGAAGGUAGAUGAUUGUGACUGUCAUCCUGAAUUUCUACCACCAUCAGGUCAGCCUCCAAAAUAUAAAGGAAAACAAAAAUCUCGAAACAAUGAAUUGGAGAAGUUCAGUUCUAGUUCACAAGGGAGUUUACCAGUAGAUUUGAAGAACAUCUUGGAAAAACAGUUUUCUAAAUCUUCCAGAGCUGCACACCAGGAUUUUGCUAAUAUAAUGAAAAUGCUGAGAAGCUUAAUCCAGGAUGGUUACACAGCUUUGUUGGAGCAGCGCUGCCGCAGUGCUGCGCAGGCCUUCACAGAGCUGCUCAAUGGUUUAGAUCCUCAAAAAAUAAAGCAAUUGAACCUGGCCAUGAUUAACUAUGUCUUAGUAGUCUACGGACUUGCUAUUUCUCUCCUUGGAAUAGGACAGCCUGAGGAAUUAUCUGAAGCUGAAAACCAGUUUAAGAGGAUGAUUGAACACUACCCCAAUGAGGGACUUGAUUGCUUGGCCUACUGUGGAAUUGGAAAAGUAUAUUUGAAGAAGAACAGAUUUCUAGAAGCUCUCAAUCAUUUUGAGAAAGCAAGAACCUUGAUUUGUCGUCUUCCUGGAGUGCUAACUUGGCCCACAAGUAAUGUGAUUAUUGAAGAGACUCAGCCGGGGAAAAUAAAGAUGCUGUUAGAGAAAUUUAUUGAAGAAUGCAGAUUCCCUCCAGUGCCAGAUGCCAUUUGUUGCUAUCAGAAGUGCCGUGGAUAUUCCAAAAUCCAGAUAUAUAUAACUGAUCCGGACUUCAAGGGUUUUAUACGAAUCAGCUGCUGCCAAUACUGUAAAAUAGAAUUUCACAUGAACUGUUGGAAGAAGUUGAAAACAACAACUUUUAAUGAUAAAAUUGACAAGGAUUUUCUACAAGGAAUUUGUCUUACCCCUGACUGUGAAGGAAUCAUUUCUAAGAUUAUCAUUUUCAGCAGUGGUGGUCAAGUUAAAUGUGAAUUUGAACACAAGGUCAUAAAAGAAAAGGUUCCUCCAAGACCUAUUCUGAAACAGAAAUGUUCUAGCCUAGAGAAGCUAAGACUGAAAGAAGACAAAAAAUUGAAGAGAAAGAUCCAAAAAAAAGAAGCAAAAAAAUUAGCACAAGAAAGAAUGGAAGAGGACUUAAGGGAAAGUAAUCCACCCAAAACUGAAGAGCAGAAAGAAACUGCAGACAAUGUUCAGAGUUGCCAGUUCCUUGAUGACAGAAUUCUGCAGUGCAUAAAGCAGUAUGCUGACAAGAUAAAAUCUGGUAUUCUGAACACUUCCAAGCUUCUCAAAGAAUUGCUUUCUUGGAAGGUUUUAAGCACAGAAGACUACACAACCUGUUUUUCUAGCAGAAAUUUUCUAAAUGAAGCAGUGGACUAUGUCAUUCGUCACUUGAUUCAAGAAAAGAAUAGAGUAAAGACCAGGAUAUUUCUGCAUGUUUUGAGCGAGCUUAAAGAAGUGGAGCCAAAAUUAGCCGCCUGGAUCCAGAAACUUAACAGCUUCGGUUUAGAUGCCACAGGACCUUUUUUUUCUCGUUAUGGAGCGUCUCUUAAGGAGCUUGAUUUUAGCAUCAUGACUUUUCUCUGGAAUGAGAAAUACGGUCAUAAACUAGCCUCUAUAGAAGGAAAGCAAUUUGAUUACUUCUGUGAGCCAACAUCACUGAAGGAAGCACGGUGUUUAAUAUGGUUGCUAGAAGAGCACAGAGACAAGUUCCCCGCACUGCAUAAUGCUCUAGAUGAGUUCUUUGACAUAAUGGACAGCCGCUGUACUGUAUUAAGGAAACAAGACAGUGGCGAUGUGCCGUUUAAUUCUGCUAAGAUAAAAAAUAAAGGCAAGAAAAAGAAACCAAAAGAUUCAAAGCCUAUGUUAGUGGGGUCUGGAACAGCUUCAGUAACAACAAAUAAUGAGACUGUCACUUCAGGUGAAGACCAUAACAGACGCAAUUCAAAUUCUGCAGGCCCAUUUGUGGUACCUGACCACCUUCGGCAAGAUGUAGAAGAAUUUGAAGCUAUCUAUGAGCAGCACAAUAGUGAAUAUGUUGUCCGUAAUAAGAAGCUGUGGGACAUUAACCCAAAACAAAAAUGUUCAACUCUGUAUGAUUAUUUCUCUCAGUUGUUGGAGGAGCAUGGUCCAUUGGACAUGAGUAAUAAAAUGUUCUCUGAAGAAUAUGAAUUCUUCCCAGAAGAAACUCGACAGAUACUAGAAAAAGCCGGAGGUUUGAAAUCUUUUCUCCUGGGAUGUCCUCGUUUUGUUGUGAUUGACAACUGUAUUGCAUUGAAGAAAGUUGCAUUGCGGCUCAAGAAGAAGAGAAAGAAGAAAAACAUUAAGACAAAAGUGGAAGAAAUUUCAAAAACAGGGGAGUAUUUACGAGUUAAACUACCACUGAAUCCAUCUGCUAGGGAAUUUAAACCAGAUGUAAAAUCCAAACCAGUGUCUGAUUUAUCUUCAGCAGCAGCUUCUGAGGAUGUGAAGCCCAAACCUAUAGCUGCGAAUUCUCCCAGACCAACCUGUGAGGCUGUGAAGCCGAAACCAGUGUCUGAUAAUUCUUCUAGAUCAGUUUCUGAGGAUGAGAAGCCCAAAGAGGUCUCUUCUGAUCCUCCCAAACCAGUAUCCGAGGAUGCAGGUCACAAGGGAGGAUCCUCUAAUUCUCCCAAACCAGCUUCUGAGGAUGUGAAACCAACCUACUGGACUCAGCCCCAUUUGGUCACAGGAUACUGUACAUACCUCCCCUUUCGGGGGUUUGACAUUACCCAGACACCACCAACAUAUAUAAAUGUGUUACCGAGUGUGCCCCAGUACACUAACAUUUACACACCUCUGGCCGUUUCUUCUGAGUAUCAGCUGCAAAGAUCAGUGCCAGUGGUGCCAUCUUUUAUAGCCAGUGACGGACCAGAUGAAAGUGCUGUGUGUUUUGAGGGUCAUCAUUUGAAUGCUGAGGAUGCCCCUGAUAACCAGAUUGCCCCGAAAACACAGAUCCUUCAGGACUCUCUGGAAGUAUCAGUAAAGACACAGUGCAGCACAGAUGGUGCUGAUAAAGCCCUUAGUGAGUCUAACAGAUAUGAUGGUCACUGUGGAAAUUCUGCCAACAAGUGGGAAGUAAAUCCAGAAAAUACCAAUGAAGUAACAAAUAUUCCACAUACACAAGUGGUUGCCAUACAGGUGUCUUGGAAUAUAAGACAUCAAGAAGUCAAUACUGAGCCAUAUGAUCCUUUUGAGGCACAACAGGGAGAUAUUUUACAGAUUGAGAAGGAGUACCAGGUUUUACAAGAGCAGCUUAAGGAGGCAUGCGAAAAUUAUGAGCAGAGAAAACUUGAGGGCUCAGAAGAGACCAGGGACCUGGAAGAAAAGUUGAAAAGGAACCUAGAAGAAAACAAGAUCUCAAAGACAGAAUUAGAUUGGUUCCUUGAAGAUUUGGAAAAGGAAAUAAAAAAAUGGCAACACGAGAAAAAAGAAAUCCAAGAAAGUCUGAAAGCACUAACAAAGAAAAUGAGAAAGGUUUUAAAUGCCAGCGAGAGAUAUGCCCAGAAAAAUGAUGAAAAAGAUAAGGAACAUGAAUUACUUCUGGAUCACUCCCUUGAAAUCAGUAAUACAUUUACAAAUGAGAAAAUGAAAGUAGAAGGAUAUAUAAAGAAAGGGAAGGAGAAUUACGAAGAGAGUCUUCAAAGAGCUGUGGCUGCCGAGGUAUCUGUGCUUGAAAACUGGAAGGACAUGGAUGUGUACAAAUUACAGAUCAUGGACUCACAGGCAGAAGGGUAUCUUAAGAACCUGAGGCUCCUGAGCAGUGAUUCUGCAACUUACCCUGAUAUGGAGUCGGAUGUACAUUCAUGGGAAUUGUUUCUUUCUAAGGUUAGAAAAGAAAUCGUGAAAGUAAAGUCUCAGUAUGAAGAACAAAUACAGGCAGUUAAAAAUGGCUCUCGGCUCAGUGAACUUCCUAAAGUGCAGAUUCCUGAGCUUUCAUUUCCCACAUGUAGCACAAUUCCUCCUCCGGUACUUCCAGAGUCUUCAGGUUGUGAGGAUCAGGGAACCUCCACUUCUACAAGUCAUGGGACUGGAAACCAAACAGCAGUUCCUAAGGAUUCAAGUCUGGCCUCUGCCAAUGAUGGCCCAGUGGGGGCUUCCUCUCCACCGUUAACAGGAUCGCUCUCCCGUCAGCCUGAAGUCAUCCAGCUGCCAGAGUGUAAGAUCACGGGCCAGGAAACUCUGCCAAAACAAAGCCUUGUGGCUGAUCAGAAACCACCUAUUCUUCCAGGACGAGUUACCCGCUCAAGCCAGUCUCCAAAAAAGCCGUUCAAUAGUAUUAUCGAGCACCUGUCAGUGGUAUUCCCAUGUUACAACAGCACCGAGCUUGCUGGUUUUAUUAAAAAAGUGCGAAACAAGAACAAGAACUCGCUCUCAGGAUUGAGUAUUGAUGAAAUUGUCCAAAGAGUGACAGAACACAUUCUAGAUGAACAGAAAAAGCCAAAUUCAAAUUCAGGAAAAGACAAGAAGUUGUCUGAGCCCAGCUCUGCUGCUUCUGUGACCAGGGCCUCCCAGGGCCCACCCUCCAUAAUUGCUGGACCAUCACCCAAAACCAAGGGACAGAAGACAGAAGAUAUCCCUGUGAGUGUUAUAUGUGCAGCUUCCUGUGAACUAUGCCAUGAGGUAUUCAAAUCCAAAAAUGUGCGUGUGCUAAAAUGUGGGCACAAGUUUCACAAAGGGUGCUUUAAGCAGUGGCUGAAAGGGCAGAGCACUUGCCCAGCCUGCCUUGAUCAGGAUCUCCUGUAAGAAGAGUAG